UCCCUACGCCGUAUUUCGAAAUAAUGAUAGAGUGUACUUUGUAGGCUAGUAGCAACAAACCUAGUAGUUACCUACCUAGGUACCUAGUAACUACCUACCUACGUCGUAGUACCUAGGAUAGCUUAUAAUGCUGGAUCCACUGUCACGUGGACUCCACCCCUAACUAGUAGUUCUUUGGGAGCGAGAAAGCCGAUCUUAUUAGUCUUCUCUUCUUUCUUCCUUUCUCUCUUGAGUCUUUACCCUCUCAUAUUCACCCUAUUCACCCUAUUCACCCUGCUUCUCCCCACCUUUGACCACAUAAAGUUAAAAGGCUGGAGUUAGAGUUCCUAGCAGAGCUCCUAGCAGAUUUGAGCAGUCGUUGGCGACAAUGAAAAAUAGUUAAUGUGGACCCUCCAUUGAAUGCGAAUCCGAGCACGCAGACGUUGUCAUAAGUAUAUCCAAACCUCUGGCGCCUUGCUUGUGGGGGAAGGGGUCGGAUGGGCAACGCGCGGAAUUACAGAAGGUGUGGAGCGAUGCGACUGUCGUGGAGCGCAUCACCAUAGCCUGUCGCGUCUUGGGUCUGCCGAUGUAAACAACAUUGUCAUCGUCUUCCCAGCCUUCGUAUACGGCCUCAGCCCGUCGUCAUCGUCCACUAGGAGCCGGAUAUCCGUCACUGUCCGGGACUGCGUAGCCACCGUAAAGGAGCUCAAAGCGGACUUCAACAUUUCGCAAGAUACUAACAUCGCAGGCUACGUUCACGCGAACGAUCUCGCGGAUAUCUGCGCUCGUCACUCGUGGACGCGGCGAAAGACCCAGUUGGCUCGGAUACCUGACUUUGUGGACCUUUGGCGUACUAUUUCGCGAGCGGCGACGAUCUCACAUUUGCCGAGUGCAUGCGCAGGCGAUUGCCCAGGCUCUGAAGGCAAAUGUUCAUCCCUACUUACGGAUGAGAUCAGGCAUAUUGGGAUAGAUAGCGAUCCCUUUGACCGGAAGAUCGUCGAAAAGAGAACGGCUAGGGCCCACGGGUAUGGUACGAACGCGCAGUGUCGAAGCGAGAGAAGGCAGAAACCUUGCUUGAUUGGAUACCAAGCGAACGAGCCGUGAAGGAAUCGUUGCCAGAGGCCGUCGAUUUCUGGUUAUCCUGCAGUGAACAGCCGCCGCCCACUCUUGCAGCGAUAACCGGUAGUUAGUUACCUAUUUGCGCCGACUUACCAAUUUACUGCAUGGUUGCAUGCGCCCGAACGCGCCCGAGCACGCCCUUACCUCUAAGAGCGGGACAUGGGACGGGGGGAGAGGGAUGGUAUAUCCGGUUCAAUAUUC